AUUUCCGGUUUCCAGGUUGGAUGACGUUGUUUUGAAAGAGUUCUGCUGCGGCUGCAUCAGGUCUCCGUGUCCAGGAACGAUACACCGGCCCAGUCCCGGAGAACAGCGGUCUGACCAGAACCAGCGGCGGUGACGGCUCGGUGUCAGCCCAGAGCUUCGGAAGUGGGCGGCUGCAGCCUUCACUGGUCUGAUCUACCUAGAGCUCAGCUGGGGGGUUUUCCUCCACAACAAACGCCAACACCCACAGUUCCCUUCAAACCGCCGCCAUGGUGCUGGCUGAUCUGGGGAGGAAGAUCACCUCGGCGCUGAGGUCACUCAGCAAUGCCACAAUCAUCAAUGAAGAGGUGUUGAACGCCAUGUUGAAGGAGGUCUGCGCCGCUCUGCUGGAGGCCGACGUCAACAUCAAACUGGUCAAACAGCUCAGAGAGAAUGUCAAGUCGGCCAUAGACCUGGAGGAGAUGGCCUCUGGGCUGAACAAGAGGAGGAUGAUCCAGCACGCCGUGUUCAAGGAGCUGGUGAAGCUGGUGGACCCUGGUGUGAAAGCCUGGACCCCCACCAAAGGAAAGAACAACGUUAUCAUGUUUGUGGGUCUGCAGGGCAGCGGCAAGACCACCACGUGCUCCAAGUUGGCGUAUUAUUACCAGAGGAAGGGGUGGAAGACCUGUCUAAUCUGUGCGGACACCUUCAGAGCAGGUGCCUUCGAUCAACUGAAGCAGAAUGCCACCAAAGCCAGAAUCCCGUUUUACGGCAGUUACACAGAGAUGGAUCCCGUGGUGAUUGCCGCCGAGGGUGUGGAGAAGUUCAAAGCGGAGAACUUUGAGAUCAUCAUCGUGGACACGAGUGGACGACACAAGCAGGAGGACUCGCUGUUCGAGGAGAUGCUGCAGGUGUCCAACGCUGUGCAACCCGACAACAUUGUGUAUGUGAUGGACGCGUCCAUCGGUCAGGCCUGCGAGGCUCAGGCAAAGGCCUUCAAAGACAAAGUGGAUGUGGCGUCUGUGAUCGUUACCAAGCUGGACGGACACGCCAAGGGGGGCGGAGCUUUGAGCGCUGUGGCGGCCACCAGGAGUCCCAUUAUCUUCAUCGGCACAGGAGAACACAUCGACGACUUUGAGCCCUUCAAGACUCAGCCAUUCAUCAGUAAACUUCUUGGGAUGGGCGACAUCGAAGGGCUGAUCGACAGGGUGAACGAGCUGAAGCUGGACGACAACGAGGAGCUGAUCGACAAGCUGAAACACGGACAGUUCACCCUCAGAGACAUGUACGAGCAGUUCCAGAACAUCAUGAAGAUGGGCCCCUUUGGACAGAUCAUGGGGAUGAUUCCAGGCUUCGGAACAGAUUUCAUGAGUAAAGGGAAUGAGCAGGAGUCGAUGGCCAGACUGAAGAAGCUCAUGACCAUCAUGGACAGCAUGAACGACCAAGAACUGGACAGCAAAGACGGAGCCAAGCUGUUCAGUAAGCAGCCCAACAGGAUCCAGAGGGUGGCCCGGGGCUCGGGCGUGGCCACCAGAGACGUGCAGGAGCUGCUCACUCAGUACACCAAGUUCGCUCAGAUGGUGAAGAAGAUGGGAGGCAUCAAAGGGCUGUUCAAAGGAGGAGACAUGUCCAAGAACGUGAACCCGUCUCAGAUGGCCAAACUGAACCAACAGAUGGCCAAGAUGAUGGACCCCCGCGUCCUGCACCAUAUGGGCGGCAUGGCGGGCCUUCAGUCGAUGAUGCGUCAGUUCCAGCAGGGAGCUGCUGGAAACAUGAAAGGCAUGAUGGGAUUCAACAACAUGUGACCCCCCCGACCAACCAGCGGCCUCAGAGGAAGAGAGGCUCCGCCUCCUGGCAGGUGCAGCUCUUUUCUGCUGCUUCAACCCAUCAGAUUUCUACUUUAAAACACCUGAAUAAAAUGAGUUGAAGGAGCAGCCUGAUAUUUUAGAUGUUUUUUGUCUGAUAUCCUGCUGGAAGCUCCUCCCCCUGAAGAGAAGGAGGAGUCCCGGGCUCAUUAACUUCACUGUGUAAAAGAUGUUUGAGUGUAAAGUUAAACCGUGGCAGAUUCGGUCCUGAUUAGAUGACUAGAUGAUUAGUGACUUUUUUUUUUUCAUAAUAAACAUCUAUGUUGCUCCAUUUUAAA